AUUGUGUAUUUCUACCUACCACCCGAGCAGUUUGAAACGGGACACGCAUAACGAUAGUUGAAGAAAUACGCUUAAACGGCAGGAAAGAGACAAAGACCGAAAAAAAUAAAAUAAAGAAAGAACGGAAAUGUAUAAACCGAAAUUACUCAUUGUGAUCUUCGUCGCCAUUUUGGCGUGUUUCCUGCAAUGUCACAUCCAAGCGGAUCCGGCGGCGGCGAACGAUCAAUUGGAUGUGCUGAAGAACCAGUUCUUGCCGGCAGAGUAUAAAGGACGCAAUUUUACAGUGGAUGAGCUCAAAAAAGUGCUACGCGAGAAGUGCAAGAAAGCUACAGGCGGCGAGGAGAACUCCACGCUGUAUCAAGAAAUCGAAAAGGGCACCACCGUACUCACAAGUUGCCUAGCGAGUUUGGUCAAUAUGACUACAUUGCAAAAGGAAAUGGAAGCGGCGCGUCCCAUUGGCGAACUGGACACCGUUUUCAACAAAUAUUGCAACAAAGCGCCCGAAGCCACGAAAUGUUUGCGCGCUUUCAACGACAAAGUGCAACCCUGCCUCAGCGUCAAAGAGAAACAACAGAAUCAGAUACUCUUACGCAUUGCUAAGGGUUUACUCGAAUUUAUGUGUUCGCGUGGCGGUGAUCCCAUAGCACUGUUUAUAGCCGAGGAGGGUCCUGAGUGCCUGGAGGCGAACCGUGAUGCUAUAAAUAUGUGUUUGAAUAGCUCAUUCCACGAUUUCUUACCAAAAGACCUUAAAGUGCCCGAUCUAUUCGAUUUGCCCGAUUUGAUUUUGGAACCCGGCCAUUGUGUGGAUCUGGAACGCUUUCAGGCUUGCACCAUACACCAUUUGGAGCAAUGUCGUGAGAUUACGCCUGCAAAUUUAGCCGAAUCGAUAUUUAAAUUCAUUAAGAAUGAGACGAGUUGCAAUGAAUAUUUGGUGGCGAAGGCGAAUGAACGUCCGAUUUUGAUGAGGGCGAGUAGCAUGGCUGCCGCCGGCGUGACAAUACAAAGUGUAAAUGGGCUUGGCUUGUUGUUGGGUAGUGGCGUGAUGUUGUUGGUGAGUCGUAUGCUGAAACUGUAGAUCAAAGAGACAUCUUUUUGUGCAAUCGAUGGGAAAUUUUAAGAAAUGUUUAUAUAUUAUGUUUAGUGGAAAAUGUUAGCGGUAAAACACCAUCGAUAAAAACAUCGAUAACGGACUAUAUAUCGUGUGAAAUACCAGAAAACGAAACCUUGUGUAUUUGACUAGAAUUUGCAAAAAAAAAUCGAUAGCAUACAUAAAUAUUAUUGCAUUCUAUCCGUGGAAUGAAUUAAGACAAAUGUUAUCAAUAAUAUUUUCAUAAAAAUCGAUUAUUUAUCGAUAAAUGUUAAUCGAUAACUUGACGUUGGCACUUUUAAAUAAAAACAAAUUUAUGAGGCUAACGAUAUACUAACUUAUUUAUCUAAAUAUAUGUAUCGAUAACUCAUCAAAUAUAAUUACCGAUAUCCAUUUAUCUUAAAAAUUUAGGAAAACAACGUUUUUCUCGUACACUUUAAUAUACUAAUAAUCGAUAAAAUACUAUUGUAUCUAGCGAACAAAGUUUAACUGCCUAAACGAUAGAAUCGGUCAAAUCAAGAAUUGUCACUACUAGUUUUUGAAUUUAAAUUAGUAAAUAAAAUAUCUGUACGUACUUUAUUUAUCGAUUAAUUUAGAAAUAGUUAACGCUCAUAAUUUAUCGAAAA